CGAGGGCAGGGUAGAGAGAGGUCGUGCCAUUGGCUCUGAGGAGUUGGUUGGGAUGGACCUUGAGUCUGAGUGGUUGGUCUGGAGAAGGGAAACUGAGGCUGCUCAGCUCCUGGAACUCCGAACAAACAACUACCAGCUUUCGGAUGAACUACGCAAGAAUGGUGUUGAACUUGCCAGUCUUCGGCAGAAAGUUGCCUACCUGGAUAAGGAGUUCAGUAAAGCUCAGAAGGCACUGAGCAAGAGCAAGAAAGCUCAGGAAGUCGAGGUACUGCUGAAUGAAAACGAGAUGCUGCAGGCAAAGCUGCACAGCCAGGAAGAGGACUUCCGUUUGCAGAACAGCACGCUUAUGGCCGAGUUCAGCAAGCUCUGCAGCCAGAUGGAACAGCUAGAGCAGGAGAACCAGCAACUGAAGGAAGGGGCUGCUGGAACAGGGGCUGUUCAAGUUGGGCCACAUGUGGACGGGGAGCUGCUGAGACUGCAAGCAGAGAACACAGCCUUGCAGAAGAAUGUGGCAGCCCUGCAGGAGCGCUAUGGGAAAGAGGCUGUGAAGUCCUCAGCUGUCAGUGAGGGCCAAGGGGAUCCCCCAGGAGACCCAACCCCCACAGCCCCGCCCCCCCUGCCAUUAGCAGAAGUGGAGCUGAAAUGGGAAAUGGAGAAAGAGGAAAAGAGAUUGCUCUGGGAGCAGCUUCAAGGCUUGGAGAGUUCCAAGCAGGCUGAAACAUCCAGACUACAGGAGGAACUUGCUAAGCUUUCUGAAAAACUGAAAAAGAAACAAGAAAGUUUUUGCCGUCUGCAGACAGAGAAGGAGACGCUAUUUAAUGAUAGCAGGAACAAGAUAGAGGAGUUACAGCAGCGGAAAGAAGCUGAUCUCAAAGCCCAGUUGGCUCGCACCCAGAAGCUGCAGCAGGAACUCGAGGCUGCCAAUCAGAGUUUGGCAGAACUAAGAGAUCAGCAGCAGGGGGAACGCCUGGAGCAUGCAGCAGCUUUGCGGGCCCUCCAAGAUCAGGUGUCCAUCCAGAGUGCAGAUGCACAAGAACAAGUGGAAGGGCUAUUGGCUGAGAACAAUGCCUUGAGGACUAGCCUGGCUGCUCUGGAACAGAUCCAAACAUCAAAGACACAGGAACUGAAUAUGCUCCGGGAACAGACCACUGGACUGGCAACUGAGUUACAGCAGCGGCAGGCUGAGUACAAAGAUCUCAUGGGACAGAAAGAUGACCUCAACUCCCAACUCCAGGAGUCAUUAAGGGCCAAUAGUCGGCUGCUGGAACAACUUCAAGAAAUAGGGCAGGAGAAGGAGCAGUUAACCCAGGACCUCCAGGAGGCUCGGAAGAGUGCUGAGAAGCGGAAGGUCAUGCUGGAUGAGCUAGCAAUGGAAACACUGCAGGAGAAGUCUCAGCACAAGGAAGAGUUGGGAGCAAUCCGACUUCGCCAUGAGAAGGAGGUGCUGGGUGUGCGGGCACGCUAUGAGCGCGAGCUCCGAGAGUUGCAUGAAGACAAGAAGCGACAGGAGGAAGAGCUCCGUGGGCAGAUCCGGGAGGAGAAGGCCCGAACACGGGAGCUGGAAAAUCUCCAGCAGAUGGUGGAAGAACUUCAAGCUCAGGUACACUCCAUGGAUGGAGCCAAGGGCUGGUUUGAACGGCGCUUGAAGGAAGCCGAGGAAUCCUUGCAACAGCAGCAGCAGGAACAAGAGGAAGCCCUCAAGCAGUGCCGGGAGCAGCAUGCUGCUGAGCUAAAGGGCAAGGAUGAGGAGCUGCAGAGUGUACGGGAUCAGCUCCAGCAAGCCCAGGAGGAGAGAGAUGGCCACCUAAAGACCAUCAGCAACCUGAAGCAGGAGGUGAAGGACACAGUGGAUGGACAGAGGAUUCUGGAGAAGAAGGGCUGUGCUGCGCUCAAGGACCUUAAGCGGCAGCUACACCUGGAGCGGAAACGGGCUGACAAGCUGCAGGAGCGACUGCAGGACAUCCUCACCAACAGCAAGAGCCGCUCAGGCCUCGAGGAGCUGGUUCUCUCUGAGAUGAACUCACCAAGCCGGACCCAGACAGGAGACAGCAGUAGCAUCUCCUCCUUCAGCUACCGGGAGAUCUUGCGGGAGAAGGAGAGCUCAGCUGUUCCAGCCAGGUCCUUAUCCAGUAGCCCUCAGGCUCAGCCCCCUCGGUCAGCAGAGCUGUCAGAUGAGGAAGUAGCUGAGCUCUUUCAGCGGCUGGCUGAGACACAGCAGGAGAAGUGGAUGCUGGAGGAGAAGGUGAAACACCUGGAGGUCAGCAGUGCCUCCAUGGCAGAAGACCUCUGCCGGAAGAGUGCCAUCAUUGAGACCUACGUCAUGGACAGCCGGAUAGAUGUGUCUGUGGCAGCGGGCCACACAGACCGAAGUGGGCUUGGCAGCGUCCUGAGAGACCUAGUGAAGCCAGGAGACGAGAACCUUCGAGAGAUGAACAAGAAGCUGCAGAACAUGCUGGAGGAGCAGCUCACCAAGAAUAUGCACUUGCACAAGGACAUGGAAGUUCUGUCCCAGGAAAUUGUGCGGCUCAGCAAGGAGUGCGUGGGGUCUCCUGACCCAGACCUAGAACCUGGAGAAACCAGCUAAAGACCUGCAAACUGCACCCACUCCCUCUCCUUCCCACUCCCCAGGAUGCCUUUCCCUUGGGCUGUGGUGGGAAAAUGGGGGCCCAUACCAAAAUCUAAUAGUUUGAGGGCAUGGACAUUAAAGGGGCUAGAGGCCUGUUACUGGUGUUAAUGACCUGUCUUAGGGCGGAGGCCCGUGAGGAGGGGUCCCAAGGGAAGGGCAGGUAUUUCUUCUUGGCCCUGGCUCCCAGGGGCUUCUGCCUUCAUCUCUGCAUGAAUUCUCCUUUCCAGUGACCAACUCUUUUUUUAUUUUAUUUUAUUUUUUAAUUUAUGUCUGGAAGCUUGGCUACUCUGCAUUUGGAACUGGGGAUAUUGGGUGGGGGUGCAGUUCAUGUUCAGCGUUCUAGCAACGCGAGUAUGUGUGUAUGUGUGUGUGCGUGUGUGUGUGUGUGUGUGUGUGUGUGUGUGUGUGUGUGUGUGUGUAAAGGCUGUGCAGCCAAAAUACCAUCUGGCCAGACGGGCCCACCCACUGACUGUCUGGUCUCAUUCUUUUCAAUCAAGAGGGAUGCGCUGGGGAUGGGGAGGUCAUUCCAUUGGAAUGGGGAGGGGGGUCUCUGUCUACAACUUCUUCCACCCUCACCUCACUUGCCUCCUGACCACCCUCUCAAACUGAGUGGAGCAAAAAUACAUAUAGAUAUGUAUGUGGGUAGAUGGCUAUGGAAUUGUGGGUAUAGGUGAGUGGGCAUAUGAGGGGAUAGAUAAGUGCUUGGAUGGACUGGAUAAAUGAGUGGGAGCAUGCUCAGCAAGAUGAUGCAUAGUUGGGAAAUAAAUGGAUAGAUGGUGGUUGAAUGAAUAAAUGGGUAGAUGGAUCAGUAAGUGGAUAGGUAGAAGAUGAAUAAGUGGAAAUGUAAAUGAACAGAUGAGUGUAUAGAUGCAUGGACAAAUGUACAGGUGGAUGAGUUAGGUGGAUGGAUGGGUUU